UUUGCAGAGAGGAGGAUGGAUUCCAAAGGCCCAAGAUUGGCGCUAGCCUCGAAGAAAAGGAAGGCCACCCCACUUUAUCCUGGAGGGAAGGAGGUAAGAGGAGUUACUGCAGCUGCUCUGACUGGAGGUGAUUCUGCUGAAGGAGGGACAUGGGUGUCCCUCACCCAGAACCUGAAAGCAGACCCAGAAGAGCUGUUUACCAAGCUGGAGAAGAUCGGAAAGGGCUCUUUUGGGGAGGUGUUCAAAGGCAUUGACAAUCGGACUCAGAAAGUGGUUGCCAUAAAAAUCAUUGAUCUGGAGGAAGCUGAAGAUGAGAUAGAGGACAUUCAACAAGAAAUCACAGUGCUGAGUCAGUGUGACAGUCCAUAUGUAACCAAAUAUUAUGGAUCCUAUCUGAAGGACACUAAAUUAUGGAUAAUAAUGGAAUAUCUUGGUGGAGGCUCUGCCCUGGAUCUAUUAGAACCUGGUCCUUUAGAUGAAAUUCAGAUCGCUACCAUAUUACGAGAAAUUCUGAAAGGACUUGAUUAUCUACACUCAGAGAAGAAAAUCCACAGAGAUAUUAAAGCGGCCAACGUUCUGCUCUCUGAACAUGGAGAGGUGAAGCUGGCUGACUUCGGAGUAGCUGGCCAGCUGACGGAUACCCAGAUCAAAAGGAACACCUUCGUGGGUACUCCCUUCUGGAUGGCGCCCGAGGUCAUCAAGCAGUCAGCCUACGACUCAAAGGCAGACAUCUGGUCCCUGGGCAUCACGGCAAUAGAACUGGCCAGAGGAGAGCCGCCGCACUCUGAGCUGCAUCCCAUGAAGGUGUUAUUCCUCAUCCCCAAGAACAACCCUCCUACGCUGGAAGGGAACUACAGCAAAGCCCUGAAGGAGUUUGUGGAGGCCUGUCUGAACAAAGAGCCGAGCUUUAGACCCACUGCUAAGGAGUUACUGAAGCACAAGUUCAUCAUCCGCAACGCAAAGAAAACGUCCUACUUGACUGAGCUCAUCGACAGGUACAAGAGGUGGAAGGCUGAGCAGAGCCACGACGACUCCAGCUCAGAGGACUCAGACGUGGAAACAGACGGCCAGGCGUCCGGAGGCGGUGACUCUGGGGACUGGAUCUUCACAAUCCGGGAGAAAGAUCCCAAGAAUCUGGAGAACGGGACUCUCCAGGCGUCAGAUUUGGAGAGAAAUAAGAUGAAAGACAUCCCAAAGAGGCCUUUCUCUCAGUGUUUGUCCACAAUUAUUUCUCCUCUGUUUGCCGAGCUGAAGGAGAAGAGCCAGGCAUGUGGAGGAAACUUGGGGUCAAUAGAAGAGCUUCGGGGAGCCAUCUACUUGGCGGAAGAGGCCUGCCCUGGGAUCUCGGACACCAUGGUGGCUCAGCUGGUGCAGCGGCUGCAGAGGUACUCUCUGAGUGGUGGAGGAACUUCAGCUCACUGAGAUGCCUUUGGCAUUUGGGUUUGGUUUUCCUUUCUUCAUCUUCCUUCUUUAAAAGUCAAUGAGAGCCUUUGCUGACUCUGCAAAGAGGUGUCACGGAGGCCCCUCCUGCAGCCGCCGGCACCUGCCCGGCCGCCGGCACCUGCCCAGCGAUCCAGUCCUCACCACGCCACAGCCAGAUGGAGUCUUUCCGAUGGGUGGGGAGGGUCUACUCCUUCAAGCAAUUAUUUUAUUUUUUUAUUGUUUUUAAUUUUAAUCAUAGUGCACAUGUUCAAAGAACGUAUCUUUAACACCCCCCUGAAAUGUAUAUUUGGAUUGUGACAAGGCAGUUGAAGACACGCAACCUCAGGUACCCUGCUUUAUGUCGACAGCUCCUCCCCCGGGGACGGAGAGUCGCUCUGGUGGAUCAGUGUACAGAUUUGUAUAUAGCGUCAUUUUUACGGAACCUUUUGGCGUGCAUAAGGAAUCACUGUGUACACAUUGGCCAAGUGCUUCUGUAGAUACUGUCUGUGGGGUAAAUAUUUGACAGGCAGAACUUGAGUCUAUUGCCUUGCCUUUAUUACAUGUAAAUUUUGAAUUCUGUGACCAGUGAUUUGGAUUUUAUUUUGUAUUUACAGGGUCUGUCAUUAAUAAUAAUUAACCCCUCCCCAAUGGAACACUCCUGUUUGUACCUCAACAGAUGCAAAUUCCCCCUCGUUUUCCCUACGCCCCUUUGGUACACUUGGAAGUUUUCCUUUCUCAUCGAUGGUACUGUUCUUAGUGUUUUCAAUUGGAACAUAUCUCGUCUCAGAGCUUUAAGUUCUUCUCUGAAGUCUCUCCCAGGUGAAGCGCUCUCAUCUAAUCUUGAGUUGUGCUACUGCUGUGUCCACACCAGAUGUACCGUCCUCUCGACACUUCUGUUCAGCCUUGUCGUAGAAUCUGCAUAUCAUCUUCCCACCUGAAAGUGUCUGAAUGCUUACACAAAUAAAUUUUAUAACUCA